GGAAAUUCUGAGAGAACUAUUGGAAUGGUUUCUGAUGAGUUACACGGAUGGAUUAAUUGUGUAUUGGCGAUUGCACAUGACAUUACGAUUGACAGGAAUUUGAAACUUUUUAUUAAGUUUGCUGUUGGCUUGUGGUUUGUAUCAUUCAUUGGUAGUCUCGUCAACUUCCUCACUCUGGUCUAUAUGGUGGUUAUUUCAUUCUAUCUGUUCCGUUGGUAUAUGAUAAGUUCCAGCAUCAAAUCGAUGAAAAAACUUUCUGUAGCGGACAGAAUCGUUCAAGCACAGUUCAGGAAAUUGAUGAAACGGUCUUAAGUAAGCUUCCAUUUUCCUCAAACAAGGAAAAGAAGAUGCAGUAGGUAAGUUUAAUUCCUUCUCUCUGCCUCUUGCUUGCAUUGCUCAAGUUUAGAGACUAAGAUGCAAGCAUUUGUGUUGCAUUAAUUUAGAUUAUGCAACUCUUCUAUUAUUCUGUGUUGAAAGUUGAAACUGAUUUUUGCUCAUACUACAUGGAAAGUAUUACUCCU